ACAUCAGAUUAUCCGUGGUUUAUUCUAUAUUGGUGGAAUCUAGUUUAAUUUUUCAAGGUUGCGCGGUAAUUGAAAUGGGUUUUGGGUUUAUGUGAUGUAAUGUGUUCGGUUCUGCAUACAGCGAGAUUACUGCUGUUGUUAAAUUUAAUACUUCUGAUAAGAAGGUCGACAGGAAUAUCUCCGGACAUUUAUACUGACCCAAAUGAGUUGGCAUUCGAAGUUUAUAGUUCGAAUAAUACUCAGGAGAAGUCUUUCUUUCUUAUCCAGCCCGCCAUGGAGGGCUCUAUCAUAGCACAUUUGGGGUCAUACAAUUCCACUCACUUUUACAAGAUGGCCAGUAUAAACGUAUUCCUAAAUACCCACAUAAUUUUUGUAUACAAGACCCACAGCUCACCUUUGUAUGCUCUUUGUUCACUUGAAAACAAUUAUCUUGUUGCGCAGCAAAACACCUUCAUAUUCUGUUCUUUCCGUGUAUAUAUCCAGUCAUUUGAUUUGCAUGUCUUUAGUAAUUCAUCAUGUACAAUCCGAACUGUUAAUGAAACUGAAUGCGCAGCUAAACUUGAUCUAGAUUUUAUAAAAAUGCAAUUUCGUGCACAUAUGACCGAAUCGUUGACCAUACUGGUUAAAUAUAACGCAACGGCUUAUCAAGCUAAUUAUACGGAACCUUAUCUUCAUUAUGUAGAACGGUCGGAUAUAACGCACUCUUUGAUUCAUCAGUCACAAGUACUUCCUCCAGUUACGGCAAUCCAGAAGCCUGAUUUCGAGUGGAAUAAUAUUAACUAUGGAGUUUCAAAUGCAUCACUGGUUCAAAUAGGGAUCUCAGGCUUCCGUUUAAACCACGAAUUUUCUCUGAGAGUAGCAGUCAAUCGGAGCUCUCAGAUUCAUGAAUUCCGGUUGGGAAUUCAAUUUGGUUCAACGAUACGUUUUGUUCGACCAAAACCAUCAAAAUUCUGGGGUAUCAAAGUAAUACCUAGUCAAUAUGGUGUCAAUUUUAGAUUUCGUAAUAAAAAGCCAGAUAUAGCGCAAAAACUGGGCGCACAAAUAAAUGAUAAAAGUUUUAUGAAUGUGGCUGAAUUAAUUAUGGAAUAUAUUGUUCAAGAAAAUCAUCUAUUCGGAUCAAAUCUCAAUCAUCACAUUGAUGUUAGUUCCAUUGGUAGUGGUAGUAGAAGCAGUGUUACUGUACCAUUGGCACAGUUUAAAUCAGAUCGUUUGAAUAUCAAUAAUUUGCAUGGAUUGGAUGAUGAAGUUAUCUUUGGUAACUCAUCUACUGACUUUGAAUCAGAUUUUAAUGAAGAUAAUCAGAAUAUGGAAAAUAACAAUCUUGGUAUUAAUAAACAUAAUAGUAAUAAUAAUUUUAAUGAUAAUAAUGAUUAUUCAUUUAUAAAACAACCAGUUAUCCAUGUUAAACUAAUUCAUUUUAUGCAUCAAUCAAAUUCAUCUAAAGUCACUCUUAGUUCAUUAAAUAACUUUAUUAAUUUAAAUAUACCACGUUUACUAAUGCAAUCAAAUAAUAUGCAUAUUUUUGUUCAAUUUGAGCCACGAGAUAUUAUUGAACCUCCAUGGUUUCCUGCUAUAUCAACUCCUGAACCACGCAAAUUACGUAUUAUUGGGCUGAUACCCGGACAGCAUUCAGGUCCUUUGGAUAAUGAUAGAUCCUAUGAGUUUUCGCUAAGUACGCAUUCAGUCGGCCGACUUGUUGACCUAACACGUUCUGUAUUUUGUAGACCAUCUACAUCACGUGGACUAAGUGAUACCCUAGUAGAUGUUAUCAUUUCAUCAAGUCCAGCUUGUUCAAUUUCUAUGAGACAAGCUCCAUCAGAAGUCGAAAAUAUUAACCCACCUUUUAAUGAUGGGUUUUUACGUGAUCUAAAGCUUAGUAUGCUUACCAAAGUUUCUGGAGGAUUUGGGAUGCGUACUGGCUGGAAUGAUCAACUAGUAUUAGCCUUGCCAUCUUCUAUAGAAAAAAAUUAUCGCAUUCCGAUUGCACCAAGUAUAUACGGUCCUAUCUCACUUGAUACAUAUUGGCCGUGGAGAGAUUGGCGUGGACCGACUGUCAGACGUUGGAUGUUGGAAGGAUUUCAAAUACAUACAACCAAAAGAUUGCUUAGAAAAAUUACCUCUUGGAAAAUUCCUCAGAAUUCUGCAUUAAAUAGUAACAAUCCUGUAAUCCAUCCUCAAACAGAAAAUGAAUCGUUUUCUGGAAUGGAUCGUUAUGAACAAACUAUGAUUACAGUUACAGCAAGAAUAUAUACAAUGAAACCUGGAACAGGUCAACGUAUUUAUUUAGGUUCUUCAUUCAUUGACAAACAGCAUAGUUCAUCAUCAUUUUCAAUUCCACCACUACGUAGUGAAUUUCAUACAAAUGAAGAUGGUUCCGGUCAAUUAAUGUUCGACAUUACAAGAUUACUUCCUUCUUGGGCUUUAAUUGUUAAACCGAUAAAAUCAUAUCAAUCAUCUUCUAAUUUUGAUACAACAUCUGCUGCUUAUUUAUAUCGUGAUAAUUUCAGUGGUAGACCUUAUUUAAUUGGUAGAUGGCCAGGAAAAGUUGAGUUAAGUUUAGUUGCAACUCUUGGUGAUUUUCAACCAUUAGCAACACUUUCAAUUGAUGUGGUUGAUUUUGACGAUCUUACUGUUCGUCAACCAAAUUCUGUGUAUACAAAUGAAAAUAUUGAUAUUGUAGCGUUAAAAGCAGAAUGCAUUGACCCACACUUAGAGCUAUCUGGAAGUCUUAAUCCAGCGACGACCGGCAACUCCGAAGGUUCAUUAUUUGAUUCUAGUUCUCAGGAUACAUAUCGAAAAAAGUAUUCACAUUUAUUUGACGAUAAAUAUGAUGGAAUACGAACAACAACGAUUCAGGAUUACAGUCUUCCGAAUCCUCAUCGACUCAAUAUUAAUCUCAUUGGAAGAAGUCCAAAAAGUGUAAAACUGGUUACAGCAGCCGCCUCAUCUACAAUCAGACAUCCACAAUCCUUCAAGUUUAAGUUAAUUCAAUCAGAUCAAAAUACUCCUAGAAUUAUGGAUACAGUUAGGCCCUCAGUUUCUUCUGCUGUGUGCCCAAUUCAUUUGUUAGUUAUUAAUAUUAUUUUAUCGGACGGUAGCAUGAUUGGUGCACAUACUGUGCCGAAAAACCAACUAAGGAUAUCAUCUUAUGGAUCAAAGUAUGUCUGGGAUCCUGCCAUGUUGAUUCAACCAAUGAAUGAUGAAAGAGAAUAUGCACAGAAUAUAACUGUCCCCAUAAAUAGCUUAAUUAUUUGGCCUGCCGUCUUAACCGACACAAAAGAAGCAAAGUUUCAUUCAUUGCCACUAGCUAUUAUGGAUGACGUGUUUGUGUACAUUAGAAAAUCAGGAAUGGUUCAAGAUCCUGGAAUUCCACAGAAUCCAUCAUAUUGGUUCAGUAAACAGAAGAAAGAUAAAAUAUCUGAGAAGAUACUACGAUCAAGCGAACAGGAAAAGGAUAGUUCAGUAGCAUCUUCAAACACUGGAUCAUGGCUUCAAUUCAAUACUUUAUUAUCAUUAAGUAAUACAGAAAAUUCUUUCAAAUCAAAUGAUUCGAAAGAUCAAUAUACACAAACUGUUCCACUGGUAACAUAUAUUCUAGUUAUUAUCAGUUGUUCGGCAAUAUUUCUUUUAAUCAUUAGCUGUUCUAUUGUUAUUAUUCUUCGUAAAAGGCAUUCAAGACAACAAAAAACUGAAAAUAAGAUUCAAUUCAAACUUCUUCCAAGUUAUCAAGGACAUUUGGAUGAAAAAUCAGGUAAAUUUGAUUCAGAUGAGCCAAAUGACAUUGAUGAUAGGAUCCUUAAUGGUCGAUUACCUGCGUCUCAUAUGAUUUCGUCUACUGGAGAUAAGUCCAAACAAUUAAAUAUAACAUCUACAAUUUGCAACAUAAAUUCUGGAGAACCGUUGAUUUCAGGGGGCUGUGCAGUAGGUUCCUCCCCACUUUGUCCAGAAAGUCGAACACAUAUGGUUUCUGGACGUAGUUGCAGUAGUAUGGGUAGUGGAAAUAGUGGUACAUUUAUCAACAAUAAUAUUAAGCGCUCUAUGAUUAUAGACACAACAGCAAACCCCUAUCUCAUAUGUUCAGAAUCAUCAUCAUCAGGCAGAGUUCAACACGUUUCUCAACACAGCUGUUCUACAAAUUUAUCUUUAGUUAAUACUCCUCCUGCCAUGAUGAAUUAUCAACUGGUUUAUGAUAAUCCCACUUCCCAAGAAAACUGGAAUACACCACCAGCGAAUCCAUCUAUUCAUUCAAAUCAUCAUUCUAAAGCUCUAUAUUAUGAUGGAGGAAAUAUGGAUCAGUGUGUAAUGUGGUCCACAACUCAUCAUGUUGACGGGCAGCCAUGUAACGGUGAUUAUACUAGUGGUCUUGGUUCUCUCGGUACAGCCGAAGGUUGUAGUGACGAAGGUGUACCAUCUGGUAUUGAAGUGAAUAGUAUGUCCCAGGAAUUAAAUAACAAUAACACUGGUGGGAUCAGUUGCUACCCAGGUUCUAUGAGGUACAACUUGAAUCAUAUCUGUCAACAACAAAGACAAACUCCCAAUAGUUUUCGUUCAGCCAACGAUAGCUUCACUGGUGUGAUAAAUAACAGCGGAAACAGUACUACGAGAUAUCACUCUAGAGACGCAUCAAAAAAAUACAAAAACAAUCUAUUAAAUGGAACUAUUCUUGAUAGUUCUGGUGUCUGUGUGGGCGGUGGAAGUUUAAGUGGAGCUAGCAGCGGAGGGGAUACGUCAGAAUAUAGACAAGAUAGGGGUCAUCUAGGAUCGCUCUGUCAAAUGAAUAGAGAUAUGAAUAGUAGAUCUAGUCACAUUAUGUAUAGUCCAACAAAAGAAAUAGACACAAAAUUGAAUACAGUUUCUUGUUCAAUGAAUGCACAGAAAGUUGUUGAUUUGACAUGUGACUGUACGUCGAAUUCAUCUCCAAAGAACCUACAUAUGUUUGAAAGUUUCCCAAAAGUCAGUCUUCAUGAAGAACAAAGUGAGAAUAUCGGCGAAAAACUCAGAAAAGGUGUGAUGGCUUGUGAAAAUAACGUUUUGAUUAAUAUGCGAUGUAUCCCAACACUAGACGAUCCACGCAGUAAACUAGAUGCUAACUUUUGUUCGAAUACGCACGACCUACACUCGACACAUAAUUCCACUGGCGAGGAGUGUGAUGGAUUUCCUCUUCACGUACCCCCUAUGAUGUUACUUAAUAGUCAAGUUAAUUCGGGCUCUGUGACGAGGUCUUCUAUAAACUCACCAAUAAUGCCUAAUCGUUCAUAUGAUUGGGUGGAGCCAAAUUCAUAUAAUCCAAAACAGCCAUCACAUGGCUAUAAAAGAAGUGACAGUUUUGGUAUGGCCACUCACAGAAUACCUGUAGCUGCAGUUGAAUGUUAUAAGAAUAGUGAUUUAACACCAAAGCUAGUUUUCGAUUUAGACGAUUCCGAAUUUUCUUGUGAAAAACAAAAUCACUUUAAACGAGAUUCUCUCACAUUGGUUGGUGGAGUUGACGAAAUGAUUGGUGAUAUUUCGGAUAUUACUGAUGAAGGAGUGAUCUUACAGAAAUCGACUAAUAAGCAAGCAGAAAUAACAUGUAAUGCCGACAAUAGUGGGAUGACUUAUCUGUACAAAAUACCAGCUCCUGAAGUUUAAAUUUUCGCUUAAUAUUAUCUUCAUCUUACACGAGUCUAAUAUUAUGGCGAUUCAUUCAAGAUGUAGGAUUUUCCUCUGACUCUAUGAAAUUUCAAUAGGUCUAAGGAAGCUUUGAAAAUCACAUAUAUCACGAAGAAACAUAAACAAAGUACUACUCUAAUUUCUAACCAUUCAAAAUUGUUCUUGUUAUCGACCCAUUUUUUAUCUGUAAAUUAUUUUGCUACUGAUUACUAUGUAAGUAGGCUAAUUUAUAACCAGAAAGUUGCCUUAUGUAAUAUAAAUAGACCCAAACAUAUUCAAUUAAAUAAAUUAGUAACCUUAUUUGCAUUUACCGCUGAAUUUUUUGUGAUCAUUGAUGCUAUACAAGGGUUAUAAUCGCCCUUGCUGAACGGUUUUUGAACUGUUUUAACUUUUUAAGAAGUUUCCCACACUAUUUCAGAACUAUUUUCAUUUGAACUUUCAUACAUGAAUUGUAACGAUAAGUUUACUUUCAUUUUGAUUAUAAGCUAUGUGUUCAUUUAAUUCUUUACUGAUACAUUUCAAUUUACUAAAACUAUGUACAACGUCUUAAUUAAUUUUUUUAAUUAUGUCAAAUUUAUAGCAUUCUAUUAAAGGUUAAUUAAUUUAUUUGUUUGUCCAAAAAAAGCAAUUAGUACGAUCGAUACUG